AUGCCCAAGGGGGUUGUUAAGGCUUUAGUUAAAAUUCAAUCAAAUUUCCUGUGGGGUGGCUCUGAUAUUAAGAGGAGUGUUCACCUGGUGAAUUGGGGUGAGGUUACUAAAAGUAAAAAUCAAGGGAAUUUGGAUGUGAGAGAUGUGGGUGAGGUGAAUGAUUUUUGGAAGGAUAUAGUGCAGCUCACCACAGUUAACCAGCCUUUGGGUGAGUUCUAUGGUCAGAAUCUUAAGCUAUCAGUGGGUAAUGGGAGGAGGAUUCAGUUCUGGACUGAUGCUUGGCUCAAUGUCAGAGGUUUGAAGGAAGAUUAUCCCAGAUUGUAUAGUCUGUCCACUGAGAAAGAAGAAUCCUUACAGCAAAUUAGUGCUAAGAAGAGCAGUCUAGGGGUGUGGCAGCUCCAAUUCAGAAGAACUCUAUUGGCUUGGGAGGAAGAAAAGCUGCAGAGGCUAUUUGAAUUACUAGAAUCAUCCCCUGCACUUAGGGUGGAAACGGAAGAUUCUUGCUCUUGGCUUGCAUCUACUUCUGGGCAAUUUUCUGUAUUCUCAGUGUGGAGUUGGUGGAUUGCAGGAAAAAGUUAUGGUAUGAGGGUGCCAGCUGGGGUGUGGGUAAGUUUGGCACCUCCAAAGAUGCAGUUCUUCUACUGGCUGGCUUGGAGAGGCAGAAUAAAGACAUCUUCCUUCCUCCAUAUGAUUGAAGUUUUACCUCCCAAUGUAGAGACCCAGUGUGUGUUCUGUCAAACCGAGGUGGAGUCUCUAGAGCAUAUGCUUUUGUUUUGCCCUCAGGUUUGGAAGUGCUGGGCAGCCAUGGCCAGCUGGUGGGAUCAGUCUUGGGUCAUUGCUGGCUCUAUUGAGGGUCUGCUACAGUGGUGGUCAGGGGGUAAGUUGAAGUCUUGGGUCUUUAGAGCUUGGCAGGUUGUUCCUUCUGUUGUGAUGUGGUCAGUUUGGAAGCUGAGAAAUGACUGUUUGUUUAAGGGGGUUAUUCCAGAUUUUGAAGGAUUAUGUGAGAGGAUGAAAUUGUAG